CGACGGUUUGGGGAGUGGACAUCGAAGUGGCAAAAAAUGAUUCGGUUUCUAGUUUCGGCAGUGGUUUUAAAAGGUAAAACCUAACCACCAACAAUUUCACAAUGCAACAUCUUAAAAGAUGACGGUCAACGGUCACUGUCAGGCAUCCAAAGUUGCUGGAUCGGCUACUAUGAGCAUUUUAAUAAAUCUGCCACAAAAAAAACGACUUGAAGAUGUCUACGAAGAGAGAGAGUAAUCAAGAGACUGAUCAGUGUCAGACUCUUCUUCUUGAUCAGCUCUGCGCUUAUGGAGGAGAAGAAAUCAUCAAGUCAUGAAACCGCAGGGAAGCCUAUUCGAUGCAGAGAGUCUGAAACUGAUGAAUUUCGCAUUUGUAGCUGCGAUUAGUCGUGUAGCUGGUGAGCCACUGGUGAUUGAGGAGAUCUUUGUGGCUCCGCCGAUGCCUCGCGAAGUUCGGAUUCGAAUUAUCUGCACCUCUCUCUGUCAUAGCGAUGUCACUUUCUGGAAAAUGAAGGACUUCCCUGGAGUUUUUCCAAGAAUCCUCGGUCACGAAGCUAUAGGGAUUGUGGAGAGUGUAGGAGAAGGUGUAGAUGAGGUAACAGAAGGAGACACAGUGAUCCCAAUUUUCUUGCCAGAUUGCAGGGAAUGCGCAGAUUGCAAAUCGAAGAAGAGCAACCUCUGUUCCAAACUCCCUUUCAAGGUCUCUCCUUUUAUGCCUAGACAUGAUCAGACCACCAGAUUCAUUGACCUCAAUGGACAUCCUAUAUACCAUUUUCUUUCCGUUUCAAGCUUUUCCGAGUAUACGGUUGUAGACAUUGCCCACUUGACCAAAGUCGAUCCUACUAUCCCUCCGAACCGGGCCUGUCUCCUUAGUUGUGGGAUAUCAACAGGGGUCGGUGCUGCUUGGAGAUCUGCUGAUGUGGAGGCAGGAUCUACUGUUGCUAUAUUUGGAUUGGGGUCGAUUGGAUUAGCUGUUGCAGAGGGAGCAAGACUAUGUGGAGCUACUAGAAUUAUUGGUGUUGACGUGAACCCUGAUAAAUUUGAAGUUGGAAAAAAGUUUGGAGUGACAGACUUUGUCAAUGGAGCAAACUCCGGGGACAAAUCUGUGAGCCAGGUGAUCAAUGAGAUGACUGGUGGGGGUGCAGACUAUUGCUUCGAGUGCGUUGGGCGCGCGUCCUUGGUGCAAGAAGCUUAUGCUUGCUGUCGAAAGGGUUGGGGAAAGACAGUUGUGUUAGGCGUGGACAAGCCGGGAUCACAGGUGACACUUUCAGCUACGGAUGUCCUUCACAGUGGGAAAACCCUACAGGGUUCCUUAUUUGGAGGACUCAAACCUAAAUCUGAUAUUCCAGUCCUCCUCAAACGUUACACAGACAAGGAACUUGAGCUGGAUAAGUUCGUGACACACGAGAUCGGGUUUGACGAUAUCAACAAAGCUUUCGAUUUGCUUCUUGAAGGGUGUUGUCUCAGAUGUGUGAUCUGGAUGGAUAAAUGAACACCAAAACGUACCAGUGAAAUUAGCUAUUGAUCUUCACUUGUAUCCCAUUCUCAUCCUUAAACAACUUCGUUCUGGUGUUUACUAAGUGACGUACAUAUGUUUCUGAAACCUUGUGUUUUACGCCGUAGUAACUGGAAAAAAAAAAAAAAAAAAAAGGUUUCUGCUAUAAGGAUAAAAAUGAUGAAUCCAAUUCUUGAACCAUGUACUAGAUGCUUCAGUACUAAUAAGAGAAUAUGCUGGUAAAUGUUUUUGUUUCCUUUUGAUGAUCCAAAGAAUCGUAAGCCUGCAUUUGGAGUAUU